AUGUCGAUCAUCGAUUUGGAGAAGCCAGUGUCAACCGAUAGUUCUGUAGCAGUGGAACAUCCAAUCCUCCCGCUUUAUGUCGAACAGUCUGUUUUCAUUAAAUAGUCCCAUAAAGCAUGGCCAAGUUGCUGUCAGUGGUAUCCACAGGACACGAGCACAUUUGUAAGCGCUGGUCAGGAUAAAACCGUAAAGAUAUGGGAUUCAAAUGAGGUGCAAGUGGUGGAUGAGUACCUGUUCGAUGAUGAGAUACGGGAUUUGCACUGGAGUAAUGCUGUUACUCGAAAUCCACUGAUUGCCAUAGCAAAUCGUACCUCACAUAUUUCACUCAUUGAUCCCAGGUGA